CCAGUUAAAGUCUUCACAAGAAGAUGAAGAUACAAAGUUUGGAGAUGUAAUUCCGAUUUUUACUUUAGUCAUUAAACGGCAAACAUGCAGUAAAAUCCAUUGUCCUUUCUAGCAUUUGGCCCACUUGCCACACAGAUAAAGCAAAUGUUUUAUAGUCUGUAUUGAGUCUUUGACUCUUUCAAAGGACUAGUGUCAUCUUCUGUUGUAAAAAUGGACAGUAUUGAGUAGGAGCGCAUUUUCAAGCUGUAUUUGCAAUGAGCACGUUUGGAACAGCACUGACAUCCAAUGGCUGCUUAUACAAAAAAAUACAAAAACCAAGCCCCUUAAAAAGAGAUGCCUUAUUGGAGGAAUUGGAACGUUCUACCCUCCAGGACAGUGAUGCAUAUGCAAAGCCUGUUUCUUGUCACCCAGAUCAGCAAUCCAAACAGGAGAGCAAGCUUCCUGAAAGUCCAAAAACCUUGUCAUCUCAGAGUCACACAAGUCCCUUGAAGGUGCAGCUCGUGUAUACAACCAAUAUUCAGGAGCCCAAUGUCUACAGUGAGGUCCAAGAGCCAAAAAAAUCAGUACCACCUCCUAAAACAUCAGCAGCUGCUCAGCUGGAUGAGCUCAUGGCCCAGCUGAGUGAAAUGCAGUCCAAGGUUUCAGUGACAGCAGAUGCCAGCAGGAAACCCUCACCAGACAAACAGGAUCACACGGCAUCGUUGGACUCAAUGCUUGGGGGUUUGGAACAGGAACUGCAAGAUCUUGGGAUUGCCACCGUGCCCAAGGGCCACUGUGCUUCCUGCGAAAAGCCAAUUGCUGGGAAGGUGAUCCAUGCUCUGGGGCAAUCCUGGCACCCAGAGCACUUCAUUUGCAAUCACUGCAAGGAGGAGAUUGGCUCCAGUCCCUUCUUUGAACGGAAUGGCUUGGCCUACUGUUCCAAGGACUACCACCAUCUGUUCUCUCCACGUUGUGCCUACUGUGCCGCUCCCAUCGUGGAUAAAGUGCUGACAGCAAUGGACCAGACAUGGCACCCAGAGCACUUCUUCUGCUCUCACUGUGGAGAGGUGUUUGGUGCAGAAGGUUUUCAUGAGAAGGACAAGAAGCCAUAUUGCCGAAAAGAUUUCUUAGCCAUGUUCUCACCUAAGUGUGGUGGCUGCAACCGCCCAGUGUUGGAAAACUAUCUUUCAGCAAUGAACACUGUCUGGCACCCAGAGUGCUUUGUGUGUGGGGACUGCUUCAGCAGUUUUUCUUCUGGCUCCUUCUUUGAACUGGAUGGCCGUCCAUUCUGUGAACUCCAUUACCAUCAACGCCGAGGGACCCUCUGCUAUGGCUGCGGGCAGCCCAUUACUGGUCGCUGCAUCAGUGCCAUGGGGCACAAGUUUCAUCCUGAGCACUUUGUGUGUGCUUUCUGCUUGACACAGCUGUCAAAAGGCAUCUUCCGAGAGCAGAACAACAAGACCUACUGUCAACUCUGCUUCACUAAGCUCUUUCCACAGUAGUUCCCUUUGAUCCGCCAUCUACUUCAUGUUGCCUGAGACCAGGGCAGGGAAGAGCACACUUUGUUUCCCUGACCUUCACUCAGUGGGCUAGUAGAGUACAAAAAAUGAGCAAAUCAGGGAAUUUCUGCAUGUUACUAGACCUAUAAUCUUAUUUUUGAAGACUUUUCUUAUUAUGUAUUUGCAUUUAGAUCUAGAUCAUGCUAUCAAGGCCCUUUGAAGGUAUAUUUCUCAUGUGCACAAUUCAUUCCACCUCUGGUUUUCUGUUUCUCACCUUUUACCUCUACUGAUGCCCCUCUCAGACCUUCUGUGGGCCCCAGAGUCUGGCUUUUUCUUUUCUCUCAGGAGUCAUGAUUCUACUCUUAAGCCCUUAUAGUGCCUUCCCUCAAUGUUUGCUAUUUUAAGAGGAAGUGUAUUUUAACUGACAUCUGUGUGAAUAAAGCAGCUUGUGGUUUUGGUGA